CCGUCUAGAUUUUUCUAAAAUAUUGUAAAAACAUAUAGCUUUAUUAGUUAUGGGUAUAAAUGGACAUACACACAAUAAAGUCUCAUUUCUCAUCUCAAGACAUGAAGGCUUCUUGAACAUUUUUGUGAGUGACUUGAGGAGAAAUGAUCCGGUCCAACACAAAGGGAGGAACUCGGCUAGGAGCCGGUCCGUUUCGGUCUGAAAGUCAAAGCGAGUAGAAGAAAAAGAGGAGAAGAAAGAUAAAUAUAUCCUCAUAGGAUGAAGACGCUGUUAUUGAGUGCCGUGUUUGUUUUAGAAAUUUGUUCACAUCUAAUCGGUGGCGGCGGCGCAGGUGGCUCCGCCGUGAAGUUUCUUCCCGGAUUCGACGGCCCUCUGCCCUUCAACCUUCGAACCGGGUACAUAGGCGUGGGAGAUUCGGAAUCAGUGCAGCUCUUCUACUACUUCAUCCAGUCACAGUCCGGUCAUCCGGAGUCCGACCCGCUCUUUCUUUGGAUUAACGGCGGACCCGGUUGCUCCACUCUUUCCGGCAUCAUUUUUGAGAUUGGUCCCAUAACAUUCGCGCCGUUGAAAUAUAAUGGGAGCUUGCCCACAUUAAUUUCACGCCCCUAUUCAUGGACAAAGGUGGCAAACAUUAUUUUCUUGGACUUGCCGGUGGUGACGGGCUUCUCCUAUGCCACAAACCAAGCCGCUCAUCGGUCAAAUUCUACUCAGGCUUGCCACCAUGCAUAUGAUUUUUUGCGCAAGUGGCUAAGUGAGAAUCAAGAAUUUGUAGCAAAUCCAUUCUAUGUGACGGGUGACUCUUAUGCUGGCGAACUCAUUCCAAUCAUCACUCAAAUUAUAUCAGAUAGAAAGGAAUGAAAAUGGAAUGAAUUACCAAAUCAAUCUACAGGGGUACAUACUUGGCAAUCCAUUAACCUUCCCGGAGGAAGCUGACUACAAAUUCCCCUACGCUCACGGAAUGGGUCUCAUUUCUGAUGAGCUUUUCGAGUCGUUGAAGAAGAAUUGCGAAGGUGUGUCGUAUCUAAACAUUAACCCAGAAAACGUCAAGUGUUACGCCGACUUCCAAACGUUCAAAAAGUUGACAAGCAUAGUUAACGAGGAUCAAAUUUUAGAGGCCAAAUGCAACGAAACCUUUGGUGGACAUUUGAGGAGGUCGAAAGAGGGGUUUGAGUUUUCUGCACAAAGAAAGUUGCUUAUGGAAAAGUCUAACCAAAAUAUUAAUCUUCAUGGCACUUCCAUUCUAGGCCCUGAAUGUUUUCGGGCAGAAUGGUAUGAUUUGUCAUACCUUUGGGCGAAUGAAGAGAUGGUUCGAGAUGCGCUCCAUGUCAGAAAGGAAUCUAUGGGAGAAUGGAGACGAUGUAACUCCGAUUUGGAUUAUGUAUUCGCAAGGGAUGACGUAACGCCGUAUCACGCAAAUCUCAGCGCCAAAGGCUACCGAUCACUCAUUUACAGCGGAGAUCACGACUUCACCAUACCCUUCCUUUCGACACAAGCAUGGAUUCGAUCUCUAAACUAUUCCAUUGUUGAUGAGUGGCGGCCAUGGAUGGGUGAAGACCAACAAGUUGCAGGGUAUACGAGGAGUUACACGAAUAAGAUGACAUUUGCAACGGUAAAGGGAGGGGGUCACACGGCACCUGAGUACAAACCAAAGGAGUGCCUUGCAAUGUUGACAAGGUGGCUUUCCUAUCAACCACUUUGAUCAAAUGUGUAAUAGUAGGUCUCUACUAUUAGGACUUUUUUAGGGCACCCUAAAGAUGAUCUCAAGUUUGUUAUAAUAUUCUCGAUCAUCACCAACACGCUUGAAUAAUAGUUGUGUGCUUGUGCGAAGGACGAUAUAUAACAAAUUUUGAGAUCAUACGCGAGGUGCCCCUAGCAUUUAUUUACUCUAUCAUAUACACAAUUACACAUUGUUUACAUUUUUUUUUAAAAAAAAAACCCUCCCUUUGUUGGACAGGGGAGGCGAACAUACUCUGUACGAUAUAUCCAUUAUUCCUAUUCGUGUUUCUAAAUAUUCGUCCUUCAUACAAAUACACAACAAUUAUUGGA